AUGUCGCAGGAUUCGUCGAGCGCUAGUCGUUCGCCUCGUUCCGGGCGACGUCUUUUUUCCUCCUCCUCGGAGAGUUCCACAAGUUCGCAGCACUCCACCGCUCGUGAUCUGGCGCCGGAAAGUCCUGGUGCUGCACUGGGACAAGCUUCUGAUGGACAGCAGGAAUCUUCCGGUUCGCGUCAUCAGAGCCCACUUUCGGCGCCCUCAUCUCAGGAAUCGCUAUCUCAGCAACAACAGAUCAUCGGCCAAGAAGGAACUGAAGAUGCCGAAUCGCAAUCGUCUCAACGUGUUGGUGCCGGCCAUUCACCACCUCGAUCGCAAUUAACCGAAUCCAGUGCACUGCAUUAUGGAUCGGAAUUUGACGUUUCAAGUCAUAUUGGCAGUACGGCACUAUCGCAGCGAUCAGCCCCUCGACAUGUUCGAGCCGAUAUCAACUGUGCACCAUCGCAUCAUCGUACAAUUCGUAUCGAUAACAUGGAGGAUGAUUUGGUGGAAGGUGGCGGUGGUGGUGAGGGGGGCACCACACGGCUUUAUAUCUGGGGAACACGUAUUUGCGUCUAUGAAGUGCAGUGCGCAUUUCGUCGUUUUGUGAUGGAAUACAAACCCUCGGCCGUUUCGGAUGAUGAAAAUGUGCUAACGCUUCCAACCAAUUUACGAAUGGAAAUUGAUUUGGAACGACCAUAUUACUUGGAGCGCCUAUAUGAAAUAGAUCAGAGUGAAAGCAUUGCAUUCAACGAUAUCAUUCCAUACUUGGAUUUGACAGUGAAUGAAAUUUUUGCCGAAAAAUAUCAAAAAGUGCUGUACUCGCCGAUUGAGGUUCGCCCGUUCAAUGCCGAGAAAACACGUAAUAUGCGCGCUCUGAACCCGGGCGAUGUUGAUCAGCUAAUUACAAUAAGUGGUAUGGUGACACGAAAAUCACCACCAAUACCGGAAAUGCGACAAGCAUAUUUCCAGUGCAACACUUGCAACUUUUCGGUAAUUUUUCUUUUUUUUGCAGCUCUUGAAAUUUGUGCGAAACAAGGUUAUCACGGUGCGAAUAUUGAGGAAGUUAUCGAUGAGGAUUGA